UCUCCUGGGUCUGGGAACCGAGGGUUGCAUAGGGCUAGCAGGGUUUGCACUUUUCGUCUGCCCCUGGACUUCGAUUCCCAGCUCAGCUGCUGCUUUCAGGAAGCUGGUGAGCCGAAGCUGGCUGAUCGUUACACACAGACACACAGGCAGCUCUGGCAGCUCCUGUGCUGGCAUUCAGGUUUCCUCCAGCUCCAGCAAUGGAUCAGUGCUGGUACCACGGCAACAUCACUCGCUCCAGAGCUGAAGACCUGCUCUCCAAAGUAGGCAAGGACGGCAGCUUCCUUGUGCGGGCCAGUGAGUCAAUUGCUUCAGCAUAUGCACUCUGCGUGCUGUACCGGAACUGCGUUUAUACAUACCGAAUUCUGCCCGACAAAGAAAAUAAACUAAUUGUCCAGGCAUCAGAAGGUGUUCCUGUGAAGUAUUUUCAGAACCUGGAGGAACUGAUAGAGUAUUACAAGAAGGAGAACAUGGGCCUGGUAUGGCACCUCAAAUAUCCAGUGCCACGGGAAGAGGAGGAGGCUGCUGAUGAACUGGAGGAGGACACUGACCUGGUACCCACACCUCCUGUCCUGCCCCCACGCAACAUCCUCAUGGCACUGCCGAGCAGUGAGACAAAGGAGGCCUCUUCUCUCCCCGAAAACACACGGGUGGCAGACGUGAAUAAACUGUCCCUUUCUGAGACACUACUCCAGCGACUGCAGUACCAGGACACAAGCAGUGUCUCUGACGAGCAUCUGAAACUCAUCCAGGAUUACCUGCGAGUUCACAUCAUCAGUGACUUUGAGAUGGUGCAGACUGGCUCAAGCAAUCUUCCUCAGCUGAAGAAAUUACUUACAGCUCUUUGCAAAGGACUCUUCAGUGAGGCCUCGAGGACUCUCCCAUCUCUGGAGUCCAUCCAGAAGGUGUUUGAGCAGCAGCUGCAUCCUGGUGCCCACCAGCGCUCCCAGAUGCUUGGUGAAGCAAGUCCAGUCAAUAUUGUAUUGAAACUCAACCAGCUGAUUUCUUUGCUGUCAUCUAUUGAAGAAAAGGUGAAAACACUGUUGAUUGAAGGUCCUGAUUCAACACACCGUCGCUCCCUUAUCCCCCCUGUCACUUUUGAGGUGAAAACUGACUCCCUAGGAAUUUUCUCAAAAAUGCAACUCAAAGUGGAUGUGGAAAUGGGAAAACUGAUUAUCAAGAGAUCUAAGGAUGGUCCAGAAGACAAAUUUUAUACCCACAAGAAAAUCUUGCAGCUCAUCAAGUCCCAGAAGGUUCCAAACAAGCUGGUUAUUGUUGUGGAAACAGAAAAAGAAAAAACACAGCGGAAGGAAUAUAUUUUUUCUGAUUCCAAGAAGAGAGAAGGGUUCUGCCAGCUUUUGCAGCAGAUGAAGAAUAAGCACUCGGAACAACCAGAGCCUGAUAUGAUCACCAUUUUCAUUGGCACCUGGAAUAUGGGUGCAGCCCCAGCCCCAAAGAAGAUCACCUCCUGGUUCCUCUCCAAGGGGCAGGGGAGGACCCGUGAUGACACUGCUGACUACAUCCCUCAUGACAUCUAUGUGAUUGGCACCCAGGAGGAUCCCCAGGGGGAGAAGGAAUGGCUGGAGACCCUAAGGCAGUCUCUGCAGGAAAUCACCAGUAUCAGCUUCAAAGUGAUAGCCAUCCAUACCCUCUGGAACAUCAGGAUCGUUGUCCUGGCCAAGCCAGAGCACGAGAACCGCAUCAGCCACAUCUGCACAGCCAACGUGAAGACGGGCAUCGCAAACACACUGGGUAAUAAAGGAGCAGUGGGGGUGUCAUUCAUGUUUAAUGGAACUUCCUUUGGGUUUGUUAACAGCCAUUUGACUUCAGGAAGUGAAAAGAAACACAGACGCAACCAGAACUACACGAACAUCCUGCGCUUCCUGACCCUGGGAGAUAAGAAACUGAGUCCAUUUAACAUCACUCAUCGCUUUACUCAUCUGUUCUGGCUGGGAGACCUGAACUACCGUGUGGAACAGCCCCCAACGGAAGCAGAGAAUAUUAUCCAGAAGAUCAGGCAGCAGCAGUAUCCGGAGCUGCUGGCUUUCGACCAGCUUCUCCUCGAGAGAAGAGACCAAAAGGUGUUCCUGCAGUUCGAGGAAGAGGAGAUUACUUUUGCUCCAACCUACCGCUUUGAGAGAGGCACCCGGGAGAAGUAUGUUUACACCAAGCAAAAAGCUACAGGGAUGAAGUACAACUUGCCAUCCUGGUGUGAUCGAGUGCUCUGGAAAUCCUACCCCAUGGUGCACGUUGUGUGUCAGUCCUAUGGCUGCACCACUGACAUCAUGACAAGUGACCACAGUCCUGUGUUUGCCACCUUUGAAGUGGGAGUCACCUCACAGUUUGUUUCCAAGAACGACUCCAAAUACACAGAUUCCCAAGGGGAGAUAGAGUUCCUGCACUGCUAUGCUACUCUGAAGACCAAGUCCCAGACCAAGUUCUACAUUGAGUUUCAUUCUAGCUGCUUAGAAAGCUUUGUAAAGAGCCAGGAAGGAGAAAAUGAGGAUGGAAAUGAAGGGGAGCUUGUGGUAAAGUUCGUUGAGGCACUUCCAAAGCUGACUCCAAUUAUUUCAGACCCAGAAUACCUACUGGAUCAACAUAUCCUGAUCAGCAUUAAGUCGUCAGAUAGUGAUGAAUCUUAUGGGGAAGGCUGCAUUGCCUUGCGAAUAGAAGCAACAGAAUCCUUAGCUCCUAUCCAUACUGUGCUCACACACCAUGGAGAGAAAACGGGGGUCUUCCAAGGUGAAAUUAAGUUACAAACGUCACAAGGAAAACAGAGAGAGAAACUGUAUGAUUUUGUCAAGAUUGAACGUGAUGAAAUCACUGGUCAGAAACCAAAGAACAUCAGCAAUUUAGAGCCUAACAAAGACUGGGAUCCAGCUAACAGAAAGUCAAAAUCCACUCAUCUGAUGGCCAGAGAGGCAGCAGCCAUCGCUCGCUACUGGGGGAGUGCAGUCACUUCUCCAGACAGCCUGGGAAAGGAGGAUAUUUUACGGUCCACCCCCACAGACAUCAGCAACCCCAACUACCUGGGCAUGGCUCCCUUCUCUCAGCAGCCCUCUGCAACCUGCCAGCUUAAGCAGAUAUCUUCAUCAGAGCAGGCACCUUCCCUCUGGAACUAUGAGCAGCAGUCCAAAGAGAACACCUCCCUAAUGGGACAGAGUCACUCAUCCUCCACAUCACCCUCCUUGUCACCGCUAUCUCCAAAACCAUCCCUCCAGCCUACAGCAAGCAGAAGCAUUUCUAAUUGGAGUCAAGAGUACCAGCCGCCUGACAUGGGGAAAUCCACAGCAGAGCCUGUGCUGCAGGAGGAGGGGCAGCAAAGGCCAGAGAUGUUUGAGAACCCAUUGUAUGGCUCCAUGGGCUCCAAGGGCAAGGUGGCCCCCAAGAAAGAGCAGGAAUAUCCCAAGGCCUUGCGGAAAGAGCAGCCGCCACUGCCUGAGCAGAUCUGUCAUCUCACAAAGCCACAGGAGCCUGAGUGCAGCAAGACCUCUGGCAAACAGCCAUCCCCACCUUUCCUGGUGCCCACACAGCGAUUCCGGUCCUACACUUCAUCCUGCCAGUUGGAAGAAAAGAAUACGGGGGAAAAGAGUCAAGGCAAACCAAAGAUGACAACACCAUUGGAAAACUCGGCACCGCUCAAAAAACUCGUGAAGCCAUCAAGGCCUGAAGUCAGCAUCCAGGGACAGCAGAACAAGCCACCCCUUCCCUCCAAGAGCCGGGCAGUGCUGGACAUGCAGAACUCCAAGGGCCGCGAUUACCGGGACAGUUCAGAGCUGCCGCACUCCGGGAAGCACCGGCUGGAGGAGGGCCCGGUCGGCAGGACAACGACACCGUGAACAUGACACAGCAGCUGGUGGUACUCUAGGAGGAAUCCUGAUGGGAAGAACAAUGGAGUCUACUGCUUUGUUCACACUGAUGUCCUCUAGUCUGGUUCUAAAAAAGACUGAGGAAUUUUAUUUUUGAGGGUGCAGCCCUCCCUGUGAUUAUGAAAAUGUUCUAGCUGAGAAGCUUAUCCUAUGUUGCUCAGACCAAGAGGGACCAGGACCACAAUACCAAAUGCAAGUUAUUCUUUUGACUGUCACUUUGGUACUUCCAUGUAAAGGUGGGUGGCCAAGUUCAUGCAUUAGUAAAUGUUUUGGAAAAGAGGACAGUACGGUACAAGGACUAGGAGAUGAAAAGGGUGCAUUGAAAAAAAACCCUUCCUACAAAAGCAAGGUUUCUAUUUUGUGUUACAGGAUUCCUAUUACAGAGUGAUAUGUAAAAGAAAGCAUCUUAAAAGCGGUACAGCUCCAAAAGCAUGUCCUAUCCAUGCAGCAAGGAGGUCAGGGAGGGUGGGGAAAGAGUCUGAAUAGCAGAUACUGGUGCAGGUCACACACCCUCAGUGGAGCCAGCCUUGCCUGGAGCUCGGGGCUGCAUCCCUGCACCACCCAGGGGACACAGCAAGUGAGGGCCAGCCCAUGGCACUGCAGCUCCUUUUCCUUCAAGCAGGCCCUGCUUUGAUAGCCCAGCAAACAGAGGGAAACACCAGAACCACAGGCAGAAACAGGGGAAGGAGAAGGGCCCAUGGGAGCCCAGGAGUAAAACUGCCUGCAGGGGCAGAUAGCAGCACCCCAGCCUGCCUGGCAGCAAGCACUCUGCUUUGGAGGACACUGGCCAGCUGGUUUUGGAGCAUUCUUAAUAGACUAAUGCUGACCUUACUGUACACUUUUGUUCACUGAGAAUGAAUAAUGUUAACAUACUUUUAAUUUCUGUUAUAUUCGUGUUAAGUAUUAAUGCUAUGGUUACUAUUAGAUUAAGCCUGUUGUGACUUAAUCACUGUUAUUGUUUCCAUGUUGAUUACCUUAAAAAUAAUAAAAUAGUCACCUUUCUGGUCA